AUGAUCCAAACCAUCACGAUCCGUUCAGACACAAAAUUUAAUCAAACAAUUUUUCGUUAUUACAUACAUGAAAUACCACCAAAACAUGAAAUCCCUUUCGACAACUUCAGACACAUCGACAUCAUUCUGAGCUUUGCCAGUGAGAAAGGCGACGGACGUUUCCACCCCACUUGGAUCGUUGAUCGCUUUGGCAUUGAAUGGUUGAAAAGGUUCAAACAAGAACAUCCAAAUGCGAGGGUUGUUAUCAGCAUUGGAGGUGUUGGCUCAGAAUUUCCAUUCAAUCCAGCUCAAAAGGAUGGAUGGAUAUUCAACGCUAUAGAAACCAUCAAAAAUAUCAUCCUUCUCUAUAAAGACAUAAUCGAUGGUAUUGAUAUUCAUUAUGACGUAAUCAAAUCAAGUGAGGAUGAUUUUUCUUUUUGUAUUGGACAAGUUAUAAAACAACUCAAAAAUAAUAUAGAUUUAUCCAUCAAAGUUGUGUCGAUUGCUCCAACAGAACUCGUGGAGCCCUACUACCUGAAACUGUAUAAGGACAACAAAGACAUUAUAGACUUGGUUGAUUAUCAGUUCUACAAUCAGAAAUUCUCUUCAAAGGAAGAAAUUCUAGAGCUCUAUAAAAAACUGGUAACUGAUUACUAUCCAGCUAAAGUCUUAGUUGGAAUUAGCAUCCCUGUUGACCCUAUACUUCAUGCGGCCAUCUGUUACCUCGUCUAUCAAAAAUUACUUCCUGGUAUUUUCGUUUGGAAUAUGUUUGACUCUAUCGAUGGUCCCAACAAUUUCUCUCUAGAGAAAAUUCUAAAAGAUCUGAUCUGA